AUGGCUAGACAUUGCUUCAUCAUCCUGAUGGUUGUGGUGGGUUUGGUCAAUGCAGCCAAUAAGGAUGAGUGGAAAAAGAGAUCCAUAUAUCAGGUGCUCACUGAUCGGUUCGCCAGGAACGAUGGAACCACACCCGCAUGCCAAUCUAGGUAAGUGAUAAAUCAUAUAGGAAACUAUUGCGGAGGAGGAUAUAAGGGACUCACCAACCACCUAGACUAUAUCCUAGGCAUGGGCUUCGAUGCUAUCUGGAUUUCUCCAAUCAUUGACAACAGAGAUGGAGGCUAUCAUGGCUACUGGGGAAGAAAUCUCUACAAAUUAAAUGAUCACUUCGGAUCGGAGCAGGAUUUCGUCAACUUUGUCAGCGCCUGCCACGCCAAGGGAAUCUUAGUCAUGGUGGAUGUUGUUGGCAACCACAUGGGCAACCUUGAUACUAACUUCGGAGUCAAUACGCCCUUCAAUGAUGGCCACUAUCACGAUUACUGCGAAAUCACAGGGCAAGACUUCUCAACUCACAACCAGAACAGGAUAGAGAAUUGCAGACUUGCCAAACUGGCCGAUCUCAAGCAGGAAAACGAUUACGUCAGGACCACUCUUCUGAGCUGGAUUAAAGAUCUAGUCAACAAAUACCACAUGAUGGCUCAGAAUCGAUACAGUUCCUGA